AUGGUUUCGUUUUCCUGCUUCCAGUCUGCGGAGAGGUGCCGACGCACCCCGAGCAACAUCCUUCAGGCCGCUGACCUAGCACAGGCAACCUGGUGCGCCCGGAAUUGGUAGCACCACCGCGCCUUCGCCUUUACCUGCUCCACGCAGCGCGCAGAGAUGGCCCAGUGGUAUGAACUUCAGCAGCUUGACCCCAAAUUCCUGGAGCAGGUUCACCAGCUCUAUGAUGACUGUUUUCCCAUGGAAAUCAGACAGUACCUGGCACAGUGGCUAGAAAAGCAAGACUGGGAACAUGCUGCCUAUGACGUUUCAUUUGCUACUAUCCGUUUCCAUGACCUCCUAUCGCAGCUGGACGAUCAGUACAGUCGCUUUUCUUUGGAAAAUAACUUUUUGUUGCAGCAUAACAUAAGGAAAAGCAAGCGUAAUCUGCAGGAUAAUUUCCAAGAAGACCCCAUACAGAUGUCUAUGAUCAUCUGUAAUUGUCUGAAGGAGGAGAGAAAAAUUCUGGAAAAUGCCAAGAGAUUCAGUCAGGCUCAGUCGGGGAAUAUUCAGAGCACUGUGAUGUUAGACAAACAGAAGGAACUGGACAGCAGAGUCAGAAAUGUGAAGGACAAAGUUAUGUGUAUAGAGCAUGAAAUCAAGACCCUAGAAGAUUUACAAGAUGAAUAUGACUUUAAAUGCAAAACCUCACAGAACAGAGAACAUGAAACCAAUGGUGUGGCAAAGAACGAUCAGAAACAAGAGCAGAUGUUGCUCCAGAAGAUGUAUUUAAUGCUCGACAAUAAGAGAAAGGAAGUAGUUCACAAAAUAAUAGACUUGUUGAAUGCCUCUGAACUUACCCAGAAAGCCCUGAUUAAUGAUGAACUAGUGGAGUGGAAGCGGAGACAGCAGAGCGCUUGUAUCGGGGGACCACCCAAUGCUUGCCUCGAUCAGCUGCAGAACUGGUUCACCAUAGUUGCAGAGAGUCUGCAGCAGGUUCGUCAGCAGCUUAAAAAGCUUGAAGAAUUGGAACAGAAGUAUACCUAUGACCACGACCCCAUCACAAAAAACAAACAAGCGUUAUGGGACCGCACCUUCAGCCUUUUCCAGCAGCUCAUUCAGAGCUCAUUUGUGGUGGAGAGACAGCCGUGCAUGCCAACGCAUCCUCAGAGGCCACUGGUCUUGAAGACUGGGGUCCAGUUCACCGUGAAGUUGAGACUGUUGGUGAAAUUGCAAGAGCUGAAUUAUAAUUUGAAAGUCAAAGUUUUAUUUGAUAAAGAUGUGAAUGAGAGAAAUACAGUAAAAGGGUUCAGAAAAUUCAACAUUUUGGGCACACACACAAAAGUGAUGAACAUGGAAGAGUCCACCAAUGGAAGUCUGGCAGCGGAAUUUCGACACUUGCAACUGAAGGAACAGAAGAAUGCCGGCAACAGAACCAACGAGGGCCCUCUCAUUGUUACUGAAGAGCUGCACUCCCUUAGUUUUGAAACCCAGUUAUGCCAGCCUGGUUUGGUCAUUGACCUUGAGACUACCUCUCUGCCUGUCGUGGUGAUCUCCAACGUCAGCCAGCUCCCGAGUGGUUGGGCCUCUAUCUUGUGGUACAACAUGCUGAUGACGGAGCCCAGGAAUCUGUCCUUCUUCCUGAACCCGCCUUGUGCACGAUGGGCUCAGCUUUCAGAGGUGCUGAGUUGGCAGUUUUCUUCUGUCACCAAAAGAGGUCUCAAUGUAGACCAGCUCAACAUGCUGGGAGAGAAGCUUCUUGGUCCUAAUGCUGGCCCCGAUGGUCUUAUUCCGUGGACGAGGUUCUGUAAGGAAAAUAUAAAUGAUAAAAAUUUUCCUUUCUGGCUUUGGAUCGAAAGCAUCCUUGAACUCAUUAAAAAACACCUGCUCUCUCUCUGGAAUGAUGGGUGCAUUAUGGGCUUCAUCAGCAAGGAGCGAGAACGUGCUCUCCUGAAGGACCAGCAGCCUGGGACGUUCCUGCUGCGCUUCAGUGAGAGCUGCCGGGAAGGGGCCAUCACGUUCACAUGGGUGGAGCGGUCCCAGAACGGAGGCGAACCUUACUUCCAUGCGGUUGAACCCUACACAAAGAAAGAACUUUCAGCAGUUACUUUCCCUGAUAUUAUUCGCAAUUACAAAGUCAUGGCCGCAGAAAAUAUUCCAGAGAAUCCCCUGAAGUAUCUUUACCCAAAUAUUGAUAAAGACCAUGCCUUUGGAAAAUACUACUCCAGGCCAAAGGAAGCAGCAGAACCAAUGGAACUUGAUGGCCCUAAAGGAACAGGAUACAUCAAGACUGAAUUGAUUUCUGUGUCUGAAGUUCAUCCUUCUCGACUUCAGACCACAGACAACCUUCUCCCCUUGUCUCCUGAGGAGUUUGACGCGAUGUCUCGGCUCGUGGGCUCUGUAGAACUUGACACUAUGAUGAAUGCCGUAUAGAGUUUGAACUUUCUCAUCUUCUCUGGUGACAUCUUUCCUUCCCACCUGGCAUUCCCUCCUGACGUUCAGUUCCUUCACAUCCUACGUUUCUAGGGAAGUGAAAGUCCUACAAAUGUGCUGCAACCUGUUGAUAGCAAGUGGAUUUUCCCUAAUUCAGAAACACGUUACUGUGAAGGGCUUCAUGCAUCUAAUUAAAGGUAAAAGUGAAAGGCCUUCUCCACAGAGUGGGUUUUACAAAUGAAAAACCUGCAGCUACACCCAAAGUAGUAACUCAGGACAACUAGAAUGACCGUGCUUUGGGAAAGGUGAGGUGUUUAUGCUGUACAUAAAGUCAGUGCCCAGCUGUUGUAAGGAUAGAUCACAUGGUUAUUUAGGGAACUUCUUCCAGUAGGAUUGGCACGUUCUGGAGAAUUCUUAUUUGUUUCCUCUGCUUGAAAUAUGAAUGUAAGUUUUUCAUUGGUUACAGACAAAAUAGUUCAAAGUUAAGUUUAUCUAGAAUUACAUCAACUCUUUUUUUUUUAAAUUACAUCAACUCUUAACAAAGGUAGCCAUCCCGUAUCUGGGCAGAAGAGAAAAGUCGUAUUAUGUAUUUUAUUAUAUCUUCCACGCUAGCCAUUGAAAGCUAAAGACAAAUUUUCUCUCUUGGGAGAAUUCGCUUUCCUAUGGUAUCGGCCAAUAUCAUCAGAAAGAAGUAGCAGUGACCAUCCUGACGGCACCACGAUCACUAGUAAAUGAACUCCCCUUCACAGUUCCAUCGAGGGAGCCAGGCUGUUAUUACAAACACCUCUCUCAAGGCAGAUAUUCGUAUUUUUUCCCAAAGUUGAAAUUAAUCGUAGUUGUAUUUGAACCCAGAAAUGUAAUUGAUGUUUCUCAAAUGGGUUAAUUUGUCUUUGUUGCUAUAAGCUGGUAUUUACUAUGUCAAAAUUUUCAAACUGGGAAGAAAGAAUAGUAAGCAACAGAUCAUUAGCAAGAGAUAAUGUGAGAAUCAAGUAACUUGAAAACUUGUCCUGUAUAACUGCAUUCUUUUCAUGCUUUUCACUCUUACAUGUGUUUCUCUGACAAAUACAUUUGCCAAUGGUUCCAUUA